UAAUAUGUCCAUUUGUCGAUCUCAGUCCUCCCCGUGGUUUUAGUAGCCGGUAGCCGCUAUGCUAUUCAUGAGUUUAAAUUUAUUUUGUUGUUAAAAAAAUAAUUUUCAAUUAAGUAGGCCGUUUGAAUAACAACUUCACGGUCCUCUAAACCAAUACCUACUAGAACAACUUUGAAUUACUUACUCAAAAUAAACCAAGAUUAUAAUUGUCUAUAAAUACGUACCUACAAUAACAACAACACGACUGCGGGAAUUUUUCUUGCUUCUCACGAAUUAUGAGUUCCACAAAUGUGCAGUAUAAGAUGGAGGAUGACAUAGACAUAGAGGAGCAUGAUCUGUUGAACGACCCGGCCUUGCAGAGUGUGUUUCCUGAUCUUGGCAUCCUUAAACGUGAGAUCAGGGAUUUUGGAAUACAAGAAGAAACCCACAUCAAGACAGAAGUACAAAAGGGAAUUGUAAAUGAAUAUGAACCUGACAGCAGUAUGGAAGUGGACAGCGGGAAUCUUGUCACACCCCCCGCCGGGGGCCUGGAUGUGAAACCUGUCAUUCUCUGCGCUGACACCGAUGAUACUCUAUCUGUUUCAAACGGCAAUACAUCAGGGUCUGAUAAAGAAGAGUCUCAUAUCAAGAAGGAAUCAGAAAAUGUUGUAGUCAAUGACUUGCCAUUUUACAGAAACAGAAUUAUAUUAGGAAAGGUAAAUGUAGAUGAUAUGACCGAAGAGGAAUGCUAUAAUUAUUUGCGAAGAGAUCCUAAUAAUGUGGUUAAGAAUGACAUCCAAACAUACAAUAAACCAGAUUUAAGAGAUGCAAAAGAUAUGAACAAACAGAAAGAAAAUUGUUUACUUUUAAAAAUUCUUCUUACAGACUGUCAUACAUCUCUAUUGGGAAAUAACUGUUACUGUGCUCAGUGUGCAGUGUUGUUCCCCACCACUGAAGCGUAUAGUGAACAUUACACGAGCACACACACCGAGACCACUAACUUGACAAAAGCCGCAUCUGUUUUAAUCCAAAACAGAGAUAAAAAAUUUGAAUGCGAUAUCUGUAACAAAAGAUUUACUACGAGAAGAGAUAUAGUCCGACACAUAUUGAUACAUAGUGAUAAGAGGCCAUUCGAAUGUGAAACCUGCAAGAAAAGAUAUAAAACUAAAAAGUAUUUAGUCAAACACAAGUUAAUUCAUACGGGUGAAAAGUCUAGAUUUGAGUGUAGAAUAUGCAAAAAAAUACUUUUAUCUAAACACAGUUUAGUAAAACACAAUUCUAUUCAUACCGGUGAAAAGCCAUUCGAGUGUUUAGCUUGUAAGAGAAGAUUUAGAUGUUUACAUCAUUUGAAACAACACAAGUGUAUUCACAGUUGUGGAGAUGAGAAGCAGAAGAGAGAAAAGACAAAAAAAAAUUGUGCUGAAGAGAAAAAAGAAAAGCUGUUUGAGUGCGACCCCUGCAAGAAAAGAUUUAUGUCUCAUAGCAGUUUGAAAAGUCACAAGUUGAUUCAUACUGGCGAAAAACCAUUCGAGUGUAAAACUUGUAUGAAAUCAUUUAGGGAAUUAGGCAGUUUAAACCAACACAAGUUUAUUCACAUCGAUCAGAAGCUAUUUUCAUGCGAAAUCUGCGACAAAAGCUUUACAAGGAAAAGUUAUAGGCUCAAACAUAUGUCUCGUCACAUUGGUAAUAAACAAUUUGAGUGUGAAACCUGUAAAAAAAGAUUUUCAUCUAUUAGCAAUAUGAACCAACACAAGUCAACUCACAAAGGUGAAAAAACAUUCCAGUGUGACGUUUGCAACAAAAAGUAUGGUUCAAGGAGUCAUUUGAUUCGCCACAUGAGGGUUCACACUGGUAAAAAGCCUUACGAAUGUGAUGUCUGUCAUAGAAGAUACCGAUACUCGGAUUCUCUGAAGCAUCACAAAAGUCUCAAACACUAAAAUUUUCUUCUUUACAUAACCGAUUAUGAUUUUAAGUUGAGAAAACAGGCCUAUUACAUGAGAACAAUUGAAAUUUCAAUAAUUAUGAUUGGUAGGUAAUUAAAAGCUCGGUGGCUUGGCUCAAAGGCUCUCUCUUGCUAUCGCAUUGUGGGUACGAUUGAGCCAGGUAGGUACAACUCGUGGUGGAUUAUUUAAUUAUAUUUUUUUAGUUUAUUAUUUUUAUGUUAUCAUUUAAAUAAUUUAUUGCACACACUUACAUUUGUGCGUAGGCGAACUUAAUUCUAAAAGCAUUAUCUUCCAGUUAACCUUGGGCGUUGUGGAGAAAGUGAUAGGUAGUGUGAUAGACUGUGAGUUAAUUUUGUUUAAUAUCUAUAAACACUAGAAUAUAUACCUACUUAAUUAUACAUAA